AUGGCUGACCAGGAGACAGAGGACUUAGCAGGAGAAAGCCUCUUGGCCAAGUCUAAGAUGCAUCCCAGCCUCCCACCGUAUGACAUGGAUGACCAGCUCCUUCCCAGGGAGCCACGGAGCACCUGCGGCUGCUGGGCAUGGGCUCUGCUGAUAGCCACCAUGAACCUCUUAGUCUUUUUCAUCAACUUGCUCCUGAUGCUUGUUAUCUUCACCAUCAUGUUGCUUCCCACCAUUGUGGUCGUUUACUUUGGCUUCCAGUGCCAUUCUCGGGUGCUGCACUCCACUGCCCGCUACUGCAGAACCAUCCUGGAUGACAACAGCUCCUCGGCCCUCAUCAUCCUGGGCUUCGUCAUCAUGUCGCCCCUCAUCGUGGUGGCCAUGGCCACCUACUGCAGCCUGGCCAGGCGCCUUCGCCUCCUCAUGUGCUUCCAGCCGUGCAGCCGGGCCCUGUACAAGGGCGUGAAGUGGCGCUGGUAUGAGGAGGGCGGUCUGUGCGGCUGUGCCAGGGGCUGCAGCCCCCGUGUCAAGGCCUGGGUCUGAGACAGAGGCCCCAUCCCACCCAGCGUGCCCUUCUCCCUAUCCUGACCCUCCCCGCUGCCUCCCAGCAUCACCCUGAGACCUCUGCGGAGCAGUGCUCGCUGUGAGCAAGAGGAGUGUUCAUGAGCCACCUCCUAUAGCCUCCUAUAGCUUUGUCUAUAACAUAGUAGAUUGCUGCCCACCACCAGGGAGAGAUUGUCAGUGCAGCUCCUUGGUGUUAAAGACAACGUGCAGCAGAAAUGGGAACUCCUCCAGGACCUGCUGUGCUCAUGGCAGCUCUAUUUCCAGUCUUGACAGCAUGGUCACAGAGGUCUCCUUGGGUUUGGCUGCUGCUGGGGAAGCAUCCAGCCAUAAGGAAGCAGCUGGAGUUUCCCUCGGUGCUGGGCAGCCCCAACCUCUGUAGGUCACUGCUUCUGCAGUGCUGGAGAUCUGCAGAGUCCCUACGCACCAGAUGUCCUUCCCCAGUUAACAACCCCUCUUUCCCAUAGCCUAUAGCAGUGCUAUGCUUGUUUUCCUGUCCCCGAGCCAGGUUGUUGGGCUGGCUGCAGAUAUACGCACUGUUCUUUGGGUCUGUCCUCCUCCAGCUGCUGAUCUGAAGUGUGCUUGUCUGGUGAUAGCUGGUGGGUAUUAACCUGCAAAUCACUCUUUGUCCUUUGCUGUGGUUUUGUUCAGCUCCGUUUUAAGGCUCCUCGCAGGACGAGCUGGAGAUCCCCAGUGGCCUCACGGUCACUGCAGGCUCUUCCAGGGCUGGGUAACAGAUUUCAGAGACAGUGCCUUGUUCUGAGACACCUGGAUGUAGCAUAAGUGCUGCACAAUGCGGAGUGGAUGUGAGAAGGUAUGGCAGCUGGGUGUAAGUGUGUGAUGCUCCAGGUGGUCCUGCUGGAGUAGGUUUGGACCAGAUGAUCUCCAGAGGUCAUCCCCAGCUGUGUUGUGAUGCUUUCCUUUAAGCCUCCAUGGGUUCAGGCACGACAUCAGUGGGGCUGUGUGCUGCUGACUGCUGCAAGCUCCGUGCUCCCCCCGCUGCUCUUCCUAUCUGCCAACUAUUGCCACUGCAAGUGCUAUGUGUGAAUAAAGAUCAUGCCGAAUCUCCAUUGGAGGAGUUUCUGUUCUGUCUCAUAGUACAGGCUGCACCAGAACCAGCUGGCUGCAGCCCAUUGCAAACUCUUGUUCUAUCCUCAAAUAAUCAGUGAUGGCUACAGAUGAAAAUGGAUUGGAUUGUAGCAUGGGCUGGUACUCAGCCCAGCCACCAAACAGAUGGGGACAGGGAAAGCUGGAUGUGAAUCAAAGCUGGAGCUUUGAGCAGUUAGAGCCAUUGGUUGGGACUUUGGCCAUUGUGUUGUUUUGUGAUGGUAAGAGGCUGAACUCUGGACUCCAGCAGAGCUCCAGCAGUGUAAUAUAUCAGCUUUGCUGGCUCCCUCCAAAUGUACAACUGAGUGUUCUGCCAGCCCUUGUCACCAUUUAGCCCAUUCUGGCAGCUGAAGCAAACCAGUCUCAGCUAAAUCACUUUCACAGCGCUGCAGGUGAAACUGGUCUGAUAUGUCUCAUUUACAGUUCAAAUUACUGCUGAAUGCUUCUGUGUACUGAGUGAACAAGACUGUUCCAGCCCAUAGCCUGAAUGGUUGGAGGAGCAGGGAUUUUUGCAUUUUAAGGCUUUUUCCAUUGUUACAGGACUUUGCAGGGUGGGAGCACAGACUAACUUGUCUUGCUCUUUUCCUGGUCUGACUUGCGACCUGAAAUCACUUCCCAAGGUGCAGAAUCUGACCAAUAACUUUGCUGGAAGUCCCCUUACCCAGCUCCAUAUGGUUUGUAGGGCAUCCUGCAGAAUAUCAUACGGUGUAUCUGCAUCAGAGAACUCCCUGGACUAUAAAGGAAGAAACACCUGUGUUCUGCUGUCAGCUGGAGCUGGAGUCACUUCUCUGCAUCCCAGCAGAUCUCGGGGUAAACUCUACCUCAGGGAUGCCCUGGUGCAGCAAAACAUGACUACAGUACAGCAGUGAGGCUGCAGCCCUGAGAUCUCUGUCUUUAGAACAGAGGCACCCUUGAUGUUCUCUGCCUUGGGGCAGCUGUGCCAGCUGGGGACUGCGCCUGCAGAUGCUGCAGGAGGCUGCUGUGUGUGCUGUGUGUGUGUGCUCCUCAAACCCUCACAUGGGCUUUGUUACAGAGUUCAGCACAGC